CCUGCGAGUAAUUUUUGUUUUUACCGCUGCCUUCUGCCAGGCCACGUUACCAUGAGCUUGCCCCUGAACCCCAAGCCCUUCCUGAAUGGGCUGAUGGGGAAGCCAGUGAUGGUGAAGCUGAAGUGGGGGAUGGAGUACAAGGGCUACCUGGUGUCUGUCGAUGGCUACAUGAACAUGCAGCUUGCAAACACAGAAGAAUACAUAGAUGGUGCAUUGUCAAGACACCUUGGUGAAGUUUUGAUCCUGUACAUCAGAGGAGUAGAAGAAGAUGGAGAAAUGAGAGAAUAA